GCCGGGUGAGCGCCAGCACAGCGGCCCUCAUCUCGGACCGGCAUGCUGCCUCAUGCGCCGGGGUAUGCCGUAAUCCCCCGCCCCUCCCGCGCUCGCAUCCACCGCACUCGCACCCACGCGCCCACACGCAUAGACAGCUCUACUUUCUUCUUUUUUCUUUCCUGCACACACUCGCACGCAUCGACGCACCCCCAGCCACACACCCCCGGGCGUCGGUCGCUCCACACACGGCGCUUUUUUUUCUUGCCCUCCCUCUCCCCUGCCCCCGGUCUCGGCGGCGGCCCUGUCUCCAGCCCCAUCGGCUUGCCACAACCAUGGGACCCCUUGAUCGAGCCCGGGAUGCUUCGGCACCAAACCCGGGGACCCGGUCCUCCCUCUCCCCAACCGGCGAUCUUUCGGACGGGCCCCCUCACAAGCCGAUUGACGAUGAGGAGGACGACGAGGAUGAUGAAGACGACGGGGCCGAGGAGGAGGAGGAGGAGGAUGAAGAGGAAGAUGACAACGACGACGACGACGACGACGACGACGGCGAGGACGGUGAGGAUGGUGCCGGCGACAAAUCCGCCAAGAAAGCACGCAUCGAGUCCAUGAAGAUGGAGGCCAUUGCCUAUGCUGCGGCCGCCGGAUACCGGAUCCCCAAACUCGACACCCCGGAGGCCAUCGAGGCAUGGAAGGCCGAGCGCCGGGCCCGGUGGCCCACGGCCGCGCGUGUCGAAGCCAAAAAGGCUGCCCUUGAGCAGGCGCCCGUGGCCACGACCUCUGGGCCCUCCGGCGCGGCCGAGCACCCGGCCAGCGCCGGACCCAAGCAGCCGACCGUCCGGGUGUGUCACUUCUUCCGCAAGGGAUCAUGCAAGCGCGGGAACAUGUGCAAGUUUUCGCACGACCUCUCGGCCGAUGCCAAGCCUCGGGCCGGGGCGCCGGAAAACGCCAAGUCCGCUGCCAAGGCACGCAGCGCCCGGGAGCGGAGCCAACCCGGUGGUCUCAUUCAUCAGCUGAUGGCGGUGGACAUGGAGCGGACGCGCUUUGUGGCGGCGCAGCUCCUCAACCGGAUGAUCGGCGAUAUCAUGUGA